AUGGCUACGCAUACACAUGUCGGUGGUUACAGAAAGUACUUUGGAACUCGAUUUGCUGAUCUGUCACCAGCCACAACAACAGAAGAUCAAAUCAGGGAUGUAUAUAACGAUUGGGCCAAUAAGUAUGAUGAGGUGGGUUGAUGAUAUCUAUAUUCAUCCAUUUCCUUAUUUAUCCAUUCAUCUAGUUAUCUAUCACACUAUUUGAGUUUGUUCUCGUAGAAAUAAAACUCGUUUUCUUAAGGAAACUUUUACACGAGGCCUCAUUUUGUGUGAGGCUUGUUGAAACUUAAGAAAAAUUAAAAUAUCAAAUGCCUUUGCCUGCUCGAGUUGUUGGGUAAUCAAAGCUGGGGAAGGAACUGGUCAUAACGAACAUGUAAGCUACUGAGAUAUCGACCACAGUUCCAUGGUUGAUCCAACAAACACUCCAUUUCGCUCUACAUCUUUUAUCUUGAGUAACAGAUCGCAAAUAUCAUCGAAAGCUAGAGAGAACAAAGAUAUGGCACACGAGCCUGCUUGGGUCAAACGCGAAAAAAAAAACACUCGGAUUUCCUUGAGCGAUCAAACAAACUACGUCCAAAUUUUUUAGACCGCGCAUGUGGUGUAUGAUACGAGAUCAUUUUCAUCUUCUGUGCUUUUAUUGACAAUGCGUCUUGACCAAUAAAGGGCGGGAAAAGGAAAUGGAAGGAAUAGCUGUGACAACAGUGAUCCGCUAGAUAUUUGAGAUUAUGGUUGUACUAUAAAUUUUGAUUGCGAAAUCCUGCGAGGAACAAAAAAUAUAUCUAUUUUACAUUAAUUUGAGUUUGGUGUGAGCUGUUUGUCAAAACAUCUUUCAGGAAGUCGUGGUAAAAGCACUCUUGGUCUGUCAUCGACCACAAGCUGAAUGCUUAGACGCUGCCAUCAAACAAUACUUGAACAAACCGAAGGAUGAAGUCAAGAUUAUCGAUUGCGGGGCUGGCACUGGUCUGUGUGGAGUUGAGCUUCACAAACUCGGCUACACUCAUCUGUGUGCUCUGGACAUCUCACCUGAAAUGUUGAAUGAAGCAAGGAAGAAAAACGUCUACCAGAAAUUCAUCUGCGCUCCAUUGAACUCUGAUCAGAAUCCUGAAGUUAUAACUGGAGAAUACGACGCCAUGAUCUGCAUUGGUACGCUGGCUGCUGCGCAUGUCAAACCAACAGCUCUGGUGGAAAUGAUUCGCAUGAUCAAGAUUGGUGAGAUUAUGAAUUAUUCUUUUCUUUUGAAAUUGGCAGGCGAGUGGGAUUAU